UUCGCAAAAAUGCAGUCUUGGUUCAUUUACUGAAUAUUCUUAAAAGGUCAAAUAUUGUGUGGCCUGAUGGGUAGGCAACGGGACUUGAAACUACAAAGUUGCAUCGUUGGCUCCCACUAUUUACCACUGUGUGACUCUGAAUGUUUUAUCUCGACUGACCACUUUAUCAGAUGAUAAACUACAUACAUAAAAUUUCCAGUGGAUUUGUGCAAGACUGCAUAAUGAUUAAGGUAAUGCAAAACUGCUGCAAGACUCCCGCUUCAGUUGUUGUACAUAUGAAAUCAGUUCCUUCCAGGUCAUUGCAACACAAGAAGAGCUUACACCUAAAAAGACCAGUUCUGCCAGAAGAACAUCAAACUAAAAAUAAAAGCAACAAAACAAACCAUCUUGAGGGUAGUCCAUCUUUACUUAUAGGACGUCCGGAGAUGACUGCUUUUUUUAAACUGUUUGAUGAUGAUUUGAUACAAGAUUUCCUGUGGAUGGACUGCUGCUGCAAAAUUACAGACAAGUACUUGUUGGCUAUGACAUUUGUAUAUUUCAAGAGGGCCAAAUUCAGCAUCAUGGAGCAUACUAGAAUGAACUUCUUUGUUGCCCUGUACUUGGCAAAUACAAUGGAAGAAGAUGAUGAAGAAAGCAAGUAUGAAAUAUUUCCAUGGGCUUUGGGUAAAAAUUGGAAGAAACAUUUUCACAAAUUUCUGAUUCAAAGGGAUUUGCUAUGGGCUCGCAUAAAUUACCGGGCAGUUGUAAGCCGGCUGUGCUGUGAAGAGGUAAUGGCAAUUGCACCAUCACACUCAAUCUGGCAACGAGAGCGUGCAGAGCAUCACAGUGGAGCUAUUAGAAAUUAUGCAGAAAGAGAAGAUUUGCAGCUAUCAAAAGAUUUUGCUUGUUCUACAAAGAAAUGCUCUUUGUGUGGGGAGAGUGGGCAAUUCUUAGAGCUGUCCUCCUCAUCCUCUGACUCCUCCUUCUCUUCGCCCCCAACCAACAUCUUAAAAGCCAAAACUUGGAUAACGAAAGAGCAAACUAAAAGACCUAGAAGAAUGCUAAUCAACACACCAGACUUUCAUCACAGUUCCUCUGGUAUGUACCUGGCUUAAACAGCCACUAAGUCAUGGUACAGGGAAUUUAAUGUGACCUUGUACUGUUACACAAAGCUCAGACCUGAGGUAUCAAUUUAGACUGACUGGACAAAGUAAUUGUUGAAUUAAACCAGGAAGUAGUUAAACAAUCUCUUGCAUUAACACUUAAUUGGUUCUGUGUGGCUGCCUAUUGACUGUUUUGUGCAUAUUUCAGAAGUAUGAGUAGAAAAAGAUGAAAUUAUAAAACUCAGCAAGGUAGGCUUUCAGUCUUCUAAAUGUUUAAAUAUUUGUAUUCUAAAUCGUUUAUUUAGAUCAUAGACUUAAUAGGCUUGAAACUUUUGCAGCAUUUGCUGGUGUAAUAUUCAUUACUUUUUGACAGAUUGAAAAUGUGUCCUGGGGAAGCUAUAGAAUAUCCCAUCUCAUUCCAUGCAGUUUCUGGAAAUGUACAGCAUGAGUUUAAACAUAUCUCUGCAACACCAGAAGUAUACAAAAAGAAAAAAGUGAAACAUUUAGUAUGUGAUUGUACAUUUGCACUGAGAAUAAAUGGGUGUAACAGUGGAUAAAGCACACAUCUAAAAAGGCAACUGGUAACUUAGCAGACAUUGUACAACAUUCUGAUUAAAUAUAAAACAUUGUGAUAUAUAAAAAUGGCAUUUAUCCAACAUUAUUCUUUGUUGGUAAAACACUAGUAUAAUUGAACCAACAUACAAAUGCACCAAUGGGCAAAUUAGUAAUCUGGACUCUCGUUACUGCAAGGUUUUAAUUCCAGACAACCAAACUAUAGUCUUGCAUAGCUGUUGAACUGCCAGAUGUUCAGAAUCUUUGGUUCAUGCAAUAUUUUCCUUAUCAAAAAAUAAUUAAAUCGGAAGACCCCAUUCUUCAUGUACCAUCUUAACUUGA